AUGCAUAAUAGUUCAUCUUCGAUAUCGUCUAUAGAUGAUCUACAUAGAGUCCAACCUAGUCCGAUAUACGUACUAGAUGAUGGUGAAUCCAAUAGCAACAAUGAUUCCUCCAAAAAAUCAAUUAACAAACCUAAGAAACCUACUUCAAAAUGGUUGAUUCCAAUUUUAUAUAGAGUUCAAAAGUAUAGUGCAUAUUCAUUCUUAUCAUUUUUAGGUAUACAUUUAACAUCCGUUAUAGUUGUUCCAAUACUACCCAUAAAUCCAGAAAUUAAAAAUGAAGUUUUUUCAAUAACUAAAGCUAUUUAUCAUGAUAUUCCAUUUUUUGAAUCAUUUGUUAUAAUAGGAUCAUCUUUAACUCAUAUUUUAUCUGGUAUAGCAUUAAGAAUCAUUAAAAAUUAUAAAAAAAAUCAAAUUAAAGAAAAACAACAACGUCAUAAAUUAAAUUCUGAAAAUAUCAUUAAAAUCAAUAAUUCAAAUAUAAAAUUAGAAGAUAAUGAUGAUGAAAUUGGAUUAGGUGGAAUAUCAUCAAUUUUUGGCUUGGGGUAUAGAAAAUCUUUUAUUACUAAAUAUUUUAAUUUAACUCCAUUACAAUUUUCAGGAUAUCUUUCAAUACCAUUUUUAAUUUAUCAUUUUUACAAAUUUAGAUAUAUUCCAUUAUCAAUAGAAGGUGAUUCAUCAUUAAUCAAUCUAGAUUACGUGAAUUAUGUUUUGAAUUUGAAAUUUCCAUUAUUUAAUGAAAUAUGUUUAGGAACGUUAGUAUGGGUAGUAAGUUAUCAUGUAACUAAUGGUAUAUUAAAAUUAAACUCUUUAUAUAGUUCUACUUGGAAGAAAAUAGGACUUGGAGUAGUAAAUACUAUUGGAAUUAUGGGGAUGAUUAGUAUUUGGUUUUUCAAAAAUGAUAAACAAUUUCUUUUUAAUGGAAAUGAUUUUGUUGGAAAAGCAUUUAAGAAAUAUUUAAAUUCUUAUUUUUUAUAG